AUGGGUGACUCUCAGGGAAGUGAUUAUCAGAGCUCUGCUUGUCUCUGGGCUAGUGCGAUACAUGAGAUUCCCCGGAUAUGGAGAGUGUACAACCGAGUGAGGGGUAUUGCAUUGCCUAAUGACCAGUUUCAAUUUAUUUUUGAUUCGGAAGCGGAGUUGAAGACGGUGCUUGAGGGUAGAGCUUGGACAUUCAAUGACUGGAGUAUAACCUUGGAUCGUUGGGUAGAAAAACCACCAGCGGACUUUCUCCAAGUUCUACCAAUUUGGAUCCGACUAAGAAACAUUCCAGUUCACUUCCUCACCAAGGAGGCGAUUCAAGAGAUUGCAGAACAUAUCGGAACAGUCACUCAUGUCGCUUUUGAUCCGCUUAAGCCACUGAGCAAAGGGUAUGUUCUAGUAAGGAUACUUUUUGAUGUAAACAGGCCACUGAAAAAUGCAAGGGAGCUUCAAACGCCAACAGGUGAAGUGGCUUCCAUUGGUAUUGAGUAUGAAAGAAUAAGACGUAGGUGUUACCAGUGUCUCAGGCUGACUCACGACAAAGAACGGUGUCCUUUUAAUCCCUCAAACCGGCAAGUCAUUGCUACGGGAGGUUUUAAAUCGACAACGGUCAUUCCGGCGAGAUUAAUUCCCAAGAUUAGUGAAGAUGAUCCUCUUUACGGUGUGUUAACCAAUAAAGAUGUGGGAAUUGACUUUGCAACCGGAAAACCAAAAACCGCAAAGGAAGUACUUGAUGAAAUGCAACAAUACUUGUCAGUCGCAGAUCCUGAGUUAAAGAAACUUCACAUUGCGAGGGUCCGUAAAUCUGUAUGGGAUUUAGAAGGAGACUUACAGGGGCAAAAGUCUAUGCUCAUGUUAGAGACACUGAUGGAGUUCACAGCGGAUGUGAAUAAAGGGAAGGGUCUAGUGUUUGAUUUUGAAGGAGUAGGCACGAGUUCAGGACAAGAUGGAAACGGUAUCGUUGCGGUUGUGGCUCAAGGGAAGACGAUGACGCUUAAUUCUCAGCCGAUGGCUAGCUUCUCAGCUGGUUCAUCCGGGACUAGGCCAAACAAAUCAAAGCAGAGAAGACGUCCAAGACAGUGGAAGCGUAAGGCUCAAGCUUUAAAGGCAAAGGAUGCAAAUUCACAAGCUUUGGUUCCGGUUGGUGAUGAUAGUGUUUCUUCGAAGCGUAAAGCUGUUCAGGAAGUGGUUUGGUCGGCUAAAGUAGCAAAACACACUAGAGAGACGGUGGUUCCGGUGGAGGAACCGCCACAGCAAAGAUGA